ACGUGUGUGUGUAUAUAUAUAUAGAAGCCCAUCUUUCACUUCGACAACAUAGUACUCAGAAAAGAUCCUCCGACAUUUCUCAACUCAUCUCAUUGCUUCAUUGUUAUUAAUUCUCUCAUUUCCUGUCUCAUUUGUUACCGUUUUCUGAGACACGAGAACAUAAUGGAUCACAUGCUAAGAAACGAAGAGAAUCUCUUGUCCAAGAUCGCAACCAACGACGGACACGGCGAGAACUCAGCUUACUUCGAUGGUUGGAAGGCAUACGACGCUGAUCCUUAUCACCCUACCAAAAACCCUAAUGGAGUUAUCCAGAUGGGCCUGGCAGAAAACCAGCUUGCCUUUGAUUUAGUCCAAGAGUGGGUCCGAAACAACCCCAAGGCCUCCAUUUGCACGGCGGAAGGAGUUGAUGAUUUUAAGGAUAUCGCGAUUUAUCAGGACUAUCAUGGCUUGCCAGAAUUCAGAAAUGCUGUUGCAAGAUUUAUGGGGAGAGUGAGAGGGAAUCGAGUCCGGUUCGACCCGGACCGGAUAGUUAUGAGCGGUGGUGCAACAGGAGCUCAAGAGACAUUGGCUUUCUGCUUGGCUGAUCCUGGUGAUGCGUUCUUGGUGCCAACUCCAUACUAUCCCGGGAACGAUAGAGACCUGACAUGGCGAACAGGAGUACGACUCCUCCACGUUGUCUGCGAGAGCUCCAACGACUUCAAGAUCACCCGCCACGCCCUGGAAUCAGCCUACAACAAGGCCCAGGAAGCAAACAUCAGAGUAAAGGGCUUGCUUCUAAACAACCCGUCAAAUCCAUUAGGCACAGUGCUCGACAGAGAGGCCUUAACAGACUCACUAGCCUUCACCAACGACAAAAACAUCCACUUAAUCUGCGAUGAAAUCUACUCCGCCACCGUCUUCUCCCAGCCGGAUUUCAUCAGCAUUGCUGAAAUAGCCCAAGAGAACGUAAACUGCAGACGUGACAUGAUCCACAUCGUUUACAGCCUGUCCAAGGACCUGGGGUUUCCCGGGUUUCGUGUAGGCGUUGUGUACUCGUACAACGACACGGUGGUGAACUGCGCUAGAAAAAUGUCGAGCUUUGGGCUGGUUUCUACACAGACACAGCGCCUGAUAGCGUUGAUGCUGUCAGACGACGUUUUUGUCGACAAAUUUUUAUCAGAGAGCGUGAAAAGAUUAGGGACGAGGCAUGGGUUCUUAUCCAGGGGGCUGGCGCAAGUCGGUAUCGGGAGUUUGAACAGCAACGCCGGGCUGUAUUGCUGGAUGGACUUGAGGAGGCUGCUGAAGGAGCCGACGUUUGAGGCGGAGAUGGAGCUGUGGCGGGUGAUAAUAAACGAGGUGAAGCUCAACGUCUCGCCUGGCGCAUCGUUCCAUUGCUCGGAACCAGGGUGGUUUCGGGUUUGCUUUGCGAAUAUGGACGACGAGACGAUGAGGGUUGCGUUGGGGAGGAUACAUAAGUUUGUUGCUCAGAAGAAAGGGGGUGAGGCGAGUUCAAGGAGACAAUGCAGGAGGAGCAAACUUGAGAUCAGCUUGUCGUUUCGUAGGUUGGAUGAGAUCAUGUCCCCUCACCAUUCGCCUAUGUCGUCGCCCAUGGUUCGAGCCAGGACUUGAAUGUUUGAAUUCUUGCUGCUUGUUGUCUGAAAAAUAAGAGGGAAGAUCUCAUUGCUACAAGAGUGCAGGGUUCUUCCUUAAUUAAAACGUUUGUGUGAUUAGGGAAGUUCGUACGUACUGAAGUUGUUGUUUAGAGACGUAGUACUGUUGGAUGAUGAUUCUUUUAUGGGAUUUUCAUGCUUAAAUUUUUGUUGAAUUGUUAGAACUAGGUUUAGGAUUUGGUUGGUUUCAUAUGAUGUUUGUAAGUAGAAAUUCGUGUUGAUCUUGAUCACGUAGGUGAAAAGAUUUUGAUGCUGUGAAUGUUGCAUGCUUUUGAAAUCUUGAUCUUCUUUUGUGUUGUA